AUGGCCAGAAGAUCCAGCAGAUGCUCACCGAGCGGAUCAGGGAGAGAAUACGCGAGAAUCGUAAGCUCCUGGAGCCUCUUCUGCAAAAAGGUCAGAACCCACGCAGGUGCACAUGAGCCAGCAUCGCGGCCGGGCUACAGGUUUCUGGACUGUCCUGACGGCUUGAAGCUCCGUAUAUCAGUGCAACAAGUUUCCUAG